CGCGAAGGUGGCCAGCAUUCGUGACUGGCCGCGUCCUUAGUCUGUGACUGAGAUGAGGUCCUUCUUAGGGAUGACCGGCUACUAUCGCAAUUUUGUGAAGAACUAUAGCAUAGUUGCCGCCCCUUUUACAAACCUGAAUCGCCUUGACACCCCAUGGGAGUGGACAGACAGGUGUGAGGCUGCUUUCAGACAUCUGAAGCAUGCGUUGACACACCAUGAGGUCUUGAAACUUCCUGAUGCUGACAAACCUUUCAUAGUAACUACGGAUGCCAGCCAAUAUGGCAUAGGCGCCGUACUUGCGCAGCAGGAGGGGAAGAAGUUGAAGUCGGUAGAGUACAUGUCCAAGAAGAUGCCCUCUCAAAAGCUUGCUAAGUCCACCUAUGAGAAGAAGCUCUACGCGAUCUACAAAGCGCUCACCCACUGGAAGCACUACCUCCUUGGUCGCUUCUUCUAUGUCAAGACUGAUCAUCAGACCCUGAGAUGCAUGAAGACUCAACCGGUACUCUUCGACGCUCUGAAGCGUUGGAUCGAAGUCAUUAAGCAGUAUGACUUCAAUGACUUCGAACCCCAGUACAUCAAGGGGGAGUACAACAAAGUUGUUGACGUGCUAUCGCGUAGACCAGACUUUCUCAGUGCGCUGGUCACCGAAUUUGGGCUUGCGGACGAUGUUACUCAGUCUUUGGUGGAUGCCUAUCGCGAGGACCCGUUUAUGGCCGAGAUCAUACGCAGACUCGAGGCAAAGGAUAAAGAGACCUCUCCCGAGUUUGAGUUGGUCAACGGCCUGCUGUUCCUUGAGAAGGCCGGGAAUAAGCGUCUGCUCCUCUUGGGCUGCUCAAACCCCUUCCCAUUCCGGAGGCCUGAUGAAAGCCUGUCCAUGGACUUCAUGGAUACGCUGGUCACCAGCAAGAGUGGCAUGAGGUACAUCUACGUCAUUGUGGAUAGAUUUAGUAAGUAUGCUAGGUUAGUGGCCAUGCCAGAAACAGUAAAGACCAAGUACGUUAUCAAGCUAUUGAAGGAAAACUGGGUUAGAGACUUUGGCCUGCCGAAGUCUAUAAUCAGCGACAUGGAUGUCCGAUUCACCAGUGAACUGUGGAAGGUCGCAGCUGCCGAGCAAGGAACGCAGCUGCAGAUGACAUCUGGAAACCAUCCGGAGGCAAAUGGACAGGCAGAGCAGAUGAACCACGCUGUUCAACACUUGCUAAGGCAUUACAUUAAGCCUAAUCAAGUGGAUGAGAAGCUUGCUCUCAUCGCCAGCCUGUACAACAACGCAGUUCAUAGUGCCACGGGAGUUAGUCGCACUGUUCGAAAUAGCCAGACCGAGUAUGCGAUUAAGCUGUUUAAGGAAAACUGGGGCAGGGAUUUUGGACUGCCAAAGUCUAUAGUUAGUGACCGGGAUGUGCGAUUUACGAGUGAAUUGUGGAAAGCCGCAGCUGUAGAACAGUGGACACAGCUGCAGAUGACCUUCACGAACCACCCAGAGGCAAACGGGCAAGCAGAGCAGCGGAACCGCGCUGUACAACACCUGCUGAGGCACUAUAUCAAGCCUAACCAGGUGGACUGGGAUGAGAAACUUGCUCUCGUCGCCAGUCUGUACAAUGACAUUGUGCACAACGCAACAGGGGUGAGCCCUAACAGUCUGCUACUGACCUUCAAGCCUAAACGGCCCCUAGACUUUCUACUACCUGAGAACCAGCCGGCUGCUGCACCAGGCACCUUAGAAUUCGCCUAUCGAUAUGAACGCCUGAUGCAGCGCGUUGUAGAACAGAUGCAUAGAGCACAGGCGGCAAUGAUAGCAUCUGAGAACAAGCACUGCCGCCCAUCUACAUUCCAGGUAGGGGACAUAGUUUGGGUCAAAGCCUUUGAACUGGGGCAGGAGCAUGGGAUCUCCCGCAAGCUCAUGCCACAGUACUUUGGGCCAUGGGAGGUUCUAGAUGUUGUCGGGAAUGAUCCGGACAGGCCAUCGUAUGUAAUUCGGAUCCCUGGUCACCUUCGCACCUACCCUGUCUUUCACGCCUCCAAGCUCGCACCUUCCAAGGAAACUGAUCAGUUUCCCUCUCGUCGCUCAAUGCUGCCCCCAACCAUGGAUGGAGAGGUCGACAUCAACGACAUCGUGGAUCACAGAGAAAUUGCAGCAGCACUAGGGGCGCAGUGCUACCGGGAGCGCUGCGCCCCGGCAGCAUCAAUCAUCAAUCAAGGUCGCUGCCACGGAGAGGAGCCGCGCGCGCCGGAUAACUGCACGCAGCAAGGAAAAUAGUGCGCGCGCGCUCGACGAUUGCCCGUGAUUGGGCGCGCGCCCUGAGAUGAAAAUUGGACCACCAAUGGUCUACGCUGAGGAGCUGAGGUGGUCCAAAUUUCAGACCAAACGGUUCAGCGGAUCAUGAGAUAUCGAAGUUCUAGGGCGCGCCAUGGAAUUCGAGCAUGUCGGGCGAUGAGGACGACGGGGGGAUGGAAUGGCAUCUAAGGCUUCAACCUCAAAACCUGCUGCUUCCUGACUUUUGAAAGCAGGUCUACUGCCAUCUCUCUACUUCGCGCUUCAAACGAGUGAUGCUACAGGAUAG